CAUAAAAAGUGCAUUGUAAAAAAACAUGGAUCCCAAAGAUAAUGCCUUGAAAGGAAAACAUUUCUCGCGACUCCACGAAAAAAUACAAAAUAAAUACAGUGAAAUACAAAGAAGAUUAGAAAAAUCUAAGUCCGUUGAAUCGUUGUCGACAGUUUCUAGUGAUUUAUCGUUUACUGAUCUAAAAUAUGCCAGCACCUUUGACCUUACAGAGGCAGAAGACGAGUUUGGUGAUCAAAAUAAAGGCAACGACAUGCUAAUACAUAGAAUUAUCGUAGAGGACAUAAAUAAUCAAAACGCUACUUUAGAAGAAGUUAAAUUUAAAGAAGCAAGCGUCUCUCAGUUGGAUUCUGAAUAUACGUUUAAUGAUGGAUAUCUUUUUAGUAGUCCUAAGGAAAUGAAACUAUCCAAUGGAAAUCGUAAUUUGGCAUCAAGUCUUGAAUUAUUAAAUGAAACAGAAAAGGGAAGUGACGACAAUGUCACGCCCACUACACCGCCUCCGAGAAUUUCUCUCCGUAAUAAAAUCGGUUCUCGAAUAACUGCUGUCAAAGAAAAACGUCGUGAGGAAAAGGAAAAAUAUAGUAAAGACAAAAAGAAAGAAACAAAGGACACAGGGACGGGGCUAGAAAAGCUUAUACUCAGUAAUGCAAUUACGAACGAAUCAAGAUUUUCGAAACGAUUAAAAUUAGCAACAUUAACUAUUGCAUUAAUCGAUGUUACCGGAUUAGAUAUUAUACAAAAUGGUGGUGAAGAAAAACCGCGUAAUCUUCACUGUCGCUUCAAAUUAGGUACGGACAAAUGUAAAUCUAAAUCUGUGAAAAGUGCAGCAAGUGAAGUAAAAUGGCAAGAGCUAUUUAAUUUCAAUAUGUAUGAAGAGAAUAUGCUGGAGAUAACCCUUUGGGAUAAAGACAUCUUUAUUGGCAGACAUGUCAUAGAUUUGGCAAAUAUGGAUAAAGAGAAAACACAUAGACUGAAUAUCAACUUGGAAGGUGAAAUGCCAAACGCCAAAUUAUUUCUCUUACUUACAAUAAGUGGAACAAGUAUAGACAAUAAUAUAUAUGAUCUCGGUGACUACCAAGAAUCGCAGAAAAGAUUAGAAGCUAUUUGGUAUCAACUAGACAAUUUAAGCGAAGUUGGAUGGCUGUCCAUAAUUGUUUACGGUGCUAAGGGUCUAGCUGGGCAGGAUUGCUAUUGUAUACUCAAAAUUGGAAAUGAAAGACUUCAGACAUACACAGAUUACAAGACAAACGAACCGAACUGGAUGAAAGCAUUCACGUUUACCAUAAACGAUAUCACAAGAUUAUUAGAAGUAAUUGUAUACGACGAGAGAAAAAACGAAGAGAUCGGAUGUGUAUCAAUACCGUUACUUCAAAUAGAUAAUGGUCAUAAAGCAUGGUAUGCACUCAAGGAUAUUUCUCAGAGAUAUCGGGCGAAAGGAAACAAUCCAAGAAUACUACUUGAAAUGAGAAUAUCUUUCAACCCUAUAAAAGCUUCACUAAGGGUAUUAAAGCCGAGAGAAAUCGAUUACCUAGAAGUUGAAGAAAAGUUCGACAGACGACUGUUUACUAGAAACUGGACUAGAACAAAAGCUAUAAUAAAUUGGAUUCUUAAAGUUUACAGAGUUACAAAAACUUCGUUUCAAUGGGAAUCAAGAAAAGUAAAUACUAUAGCAUUAAUAAUAUGGUUAAUAUUCCACUGGUUUUAUAAAGCUUGGAUGCUCCCAUUACUGUUAUUAAUUCCUUUCUUCUACUACAGCCCGGAAGAUUACAACUUCUUUGAGGAUUUUAUGCACUACAGAAAAAGAAAAAAGGAGGAUGACAGUGGGAAAAUAGAAAAGGAAGAGAAAACAUCAAUUAGACAAAAAAUUCACAGUUUACAAGAGCUAAUUCAAAAUAUUCAAAAUUUUCUUGGUAAAAUUGCAAAUCUCGGUGAAAGUGUGAAAAAUUUGUUCAACUUCUCAGUACCUUUUCUUAGCCUUUUCGCAAUACUCUGCUUAUUGGGAAUAUCAUUCAUAAUGUAUUUAAUACCAGUAAACUAUUUACUUAUGGCUUGGGGUAUACGCAAGUACACAAAGAAGAUUCUUCAGCCGAAUAGAAUACCACACAAUGAAAUAUUGGAUUUACUCUCUAGAGUGCCCAAUGAUGAAAUUCUGCUAAAUUGUGAGGAGUUAUCACUGGAGGCUAAGGAAGAAAAGUUGUAAUUUUACCAACACAAUAUCGUACUCACAUGACACUAUGAUCUGAAGUAGCUCUAAUUGAAGAAAUGUGAUUUAUGCAUUAUAUAUAGCUAGAAUGAAUACCUAUAUAUAAUAAUAUUAUUAUUAGGCAACAUCUAAUACGUAUGGGGUAAUAUUCAUUUAAGGUUUCUUACAUAAUAAGGCAUUUCUAAAU